AUGAUCACCCAUGAACGCUUAUGGGUGACUUCCCUCCUCUCUUCCCCUCUCUCAUCACUCCUCUCAUCCCGCCUCUCUUCCCCUCUCUCAUCCCUCCUCUCAUCCCUCCUCUCAUCCCCUCUCUCUUCCCUCCUCUCAUCCCUCCUCUCUUCCCUCCGCUCAUCCAUCCGUCCUCUCAUCCCUCCUCUCAUCCCUCCUCUCCCUCCUCUCUUCGCUCCUCUCAUCCCUCCUCUUAUCCCUCCUCUCCCUCCUAUCUUUCCUUCUCUCAUCGCUCCUCUCAUCUCUCCUCUCAUCCCUCCUCUCUUCCCCUCUCUCAUCCCUCCUCUCAUCCCUCGUCUCAUCCCCUCUCUCUUCCCUCCUCUCAUCCCUCCUCUCUUCCCUCCUGUCUCUCCGCUCCUUCUGCUGCAUUGGGGGGCAUCGCCUCUCUCCCCUCCUCGUCUUAACACUUCCUCAUACGCUCUCUCGUAUGUUGCUGGCCCUCCUUCCUCACCUUUUUAA